GAGUCGGCGUCAGCUUGUAAAGAAACACAGACAUUAACACAGACGUUUGGAGACUGGGUGGCUAAGAAGAGCGAAGAAGAGCCCGGAGCAGAGGAACAGCCGUCCAGUGAGCUCCUUUAAGAGACCUUAAAGACCUCCAAGGACCAUCAAUCAUCAAUCAUCCAUACUUCUAGUGGAUACUAUUGACUGUGAGGAUAUUCAGGUGCAGUGAUUGGUGACACGUUGGUGAAAAGAGGUCUGGUUGGAGUAAUUUCCUCAGGAGCCUCCAUCAGGAGAAACUUGUGGAGGGCAGGUUGGGGCUUCAGGGAUGUAGUGGUCAGUUGUGGUGCACUGUUAACCUUGUUGGGAGGUGAGCAGUGACCCAUGUCCACAGAGUUGCCCCCUCGGCCAGUGGCAAGACUGGCAGGCUGGGGCACCAUGCUGCUUUCCACUUUUUUUCUGCUGCUCUUCAACACCAGGGCCUCAGGUUCCAUGCUUGAUGAUUUGAUAUAUAAACGUGCUGAGUAUCGAGAAAACUGUACAAGAACUCUGGCAACCACCCUGCACACUGUAACUGGAAUAUACUGCAAUGGGACGUUGGACGUUUUCGCCUGUUGGCCACAUUCAUCUCCUGGGAGCGUAUCGGUUCCCUGCCCUCCAUAUUUACCAUGGAUCAAGGAAGGCUUUUCAGGAAAUGUGUACAGGAUCUGCACAAUCAAUGGAACCUGGAAAACAGAAGAUAACUCCAGCACUGUGUGGCAAGACCAGUCCGAGUGUGAAGACCCCAAUUUUUUCAAAAACGAGGUAGAAGAGAAAUUCCGGCAGUCUGUGUUGAGGAUCUUCUCUGUUGUGGGAUACUCUCUGUCCUUGGCGUCGCUCUCUGUGGCAGUGCUCAUUAUGGGCUUAUUAAGGAAGCUUCACUGUACGAGGAACUACAUCCACAUGAACCUCUUUGUGUCAUUCAUGUUUAGAGCAAUGGCAGUCAUUACCAAAGAAAUCAUAUUAUACACCAUGUACUCCAACCUGCCCAAGGAUGAAAACGGAUGGAACAGCUACUCGGACUCUACAAUAGCUGUGAUCUGCAAGGCCUCCAAGGUGUUUAUGCAGUAUUGUGUGGGGUGUAAUUACUUCUGGCUCCUGGUGGAGGCAGUGUUUCUCCACACACUGCUCUUCACGGCUGUGCUGACCAAGCGGAGGCUGCUGAAGAGAUACAUGCUGGUAGGAUGGGGGACUCCGUUUUUGUUUGUGGUCCCGUGGACAGUGGUUAAAAUAUUAUAUGAAAACAAAGGCUGCUGGUUCAUCAACAACAGGUGGAUCUGGUGGAUUAUUAGAGCUCCAAUUACACUCUCAGUCCUGGUUAUUUUCUGUAUAUUUCUCAAAAUCAUAAAACUUCUACUGUCGAAGUUAAAAGCUGACCAAGUAAAGUUUACGGACUACAGAUACAGUUUAGCCAGAGCAACACUGGUGCUGAUCCCACUUCUCGGGAUCCAUGAGAUUGUUUUCACAAUAAUUGUAGACGAAACUAUUGAAGGGCAUCAUCGCUACGUGCGAAACUUCAUCCAUCUUACACUCAGCUCCUUUCAGGGCUUUCUGGUUGCUGUCCUGUACUGCUUUGCUAAUGGGGAGGUCCAAGCUGAGCUGAAGAACAGGUGGCAGGUCUUCCUCUUUGCCAACCACUUCGAGGUUCACAACUGCUUUGCUGGAAUUCACCCUAAAUACCUGUGGAAGAAAUCACAGAAGGAACCAAGGCACACUCUGGACCACAGUGACUCUUAUGAGGAGGGAAGUCAUGUACCCACGCAGGCCCAGGUGACCCAGGUGACCGUCCUGUCGGCAGGGGAGGAGGUAUCCUGCGCUCAGUGCUCUGGACUAGAGUUCUACACCAGGAAAAGUCUGUCCAGCAGCGAUGGAGAAAUGACUUUAGGCGAAACCAUGGAGGAGAUUCUGGAGGAGAGUGGAUUUUAAUGUCCUUAAGGAUCAGGACUCUGGUUUGUUAAUAGACUGCUUAUAACAGACCACUGUAUACAUUUGUACAUUUAAGAUGUAUAUAUUUGUGUAUGUUUGUCUGCUACUUUGAUACCUGUGUACUCUGUGUAUACGUAUGUUUAGAAGAACAGCAGGUUAGCUUUAGCUGGUUAAGUACUACAUGUUCUGGACUGCAGAAAAGGCCAGUAUAUUCAGUGAUGACUGAAGUAUAUAUAUCAAUGAAAUGUGAAACAGUUAUUACAUCUUACUUCAUAGUACUUUAUCAAUGAAACCACUAGUGCAUAGUACAGUAUAUUUAUUUCCUAUUAAAAAAAUAAAACAAAGGACACAGGAUUCGAAGGAAAUGUAACAUCCAGCUGACCAACAGCUGACCUGACCAGCAUACAGAGGGACAACCAACUGAAAUGAUUAUAUUUGGUGGAAACUGUGAAUAUACAUAUUUUAAGGGUGGACUGUAUGUAUCGUGGACAUUAUAUGGUGGACACACAGUAAUCUCUCAUGACUGAGCCACAGUGAUAUUUGUAUAGUGCAAUUAUAAAUAUAAAUAAGGUUUAAUCCUUAA